AUGGCGAGCACUGGCGGGCUCAAGUCAACCUACAGGCCAUCAGCUGCUGCCGCGGCAGCAUCGGCCCCAUUACCGCCAGGAUGGUCAGAACAUACCGCGCCAACAGGACAUAAAUACUACUACAACGCAUCAACGAAGGAGUCAACUUACCAGCGACCGGGCCUGCCGCCACCCGCUCCAGUACCAGCGCAAGAAGAAUACUCACCGUACGCAAAUCUCCCAUCGCUCGCCGACCCCCGGGUGGCAAACGCAUAUCUUGCACAACUUAACCCUCAGAACCAGUCCCGAACUCGUGGUGCUCACCGCGGUCGAGGUGUUGGCAGGGGAGAGGUCGGAGGCAGGCAGAGACCGCAACCGGUUGACAAGCCGAGAAAGGCGGAGAAGAUUCCAGGAUGCGAACCGUGGCUCCUCGUGUACACAAAGUACUCCAGACGAUUCGCUUAUAAUCCCGUGAAAAAUACGAGCUACUGGCGCAUUCCAGUAAAGCUUAUGGAGGGCAUCCUGGAACUGGACAAGGCACGAAUACGCGGCAAAGCUACUGGCGCUUCAGAUGAUAACAAGGGCGAGAAAGAUGCAGAGAACCAGAUGGCGGAUCCGGCUGAGGAACACCACGACUACGAAAGCGAUGAAUACGAAGAGAUGGAAGUGCAAGUGACUGAUGACGAGGGUGCCGAUGACCUUGACGCAGAGCAUCCGUCUAAACGGCGGCGGCGGACAGACGAAGACGGAGACGACGACGAAGCUGGGGAAGAAAUGGAAGAGGAGGCGGAGGAGGAGGAGGAGGAGGAGGAGCAGGAGAAACAUGGAGACGCACCUGUUGAGUUUACUGAAGCAGACAUUGCCGCGCAACUCCAGGCCAUGGGAGAGGACUAUGGCCUCGAGCCAGGCGACUACGACGACGGCAACAUGGAAAGCUGGCCCGAGGGCACGGAGGGUGUGGACUUCUCAGAAGAAGACGCCAAACUUCUCUUCAAGGAUCUGCUCAACGACUUCAACGUCAACCCCUAUAGCCCAUGGGACAAACUCAUCGAGGAAGGAAGAAUCAUGGACGACCCGCGAUACACAGCCCUUGCCACGACCCGAGCACGCAAAGAAUGCUGGGACGAGUGGACCCGCGACAGGAUUGCCAAACUCAAAGAACAGCGGGCCAAACAGGAGAAGAAGGACCCCAAGAUCGCAUACAUGGCUUUCUUGCAAGCAAAGGCCACGCCAAAGCUGUACUGGCCAGAGUUCAAGAGAAAAUACAAGAAGGAAGAAGCAAUGAAGGACUUGAAGCUGUCUGAUAAAGAUCGCGAAAAGGCAUAUCGCGAACACAUCAAUCGACUGAAGAUGCCGCAAGCAAAGCUCAAGUCGGAUCUCAUCGCGUUGCUGAAAGCGCAACCUGUCCACGUUUUGAACAACACAUCAUCGCCGACGAGCCUGCCCACGCCCGUGCUCACCGAUCUGCGCUACAUUUCGUUGGAGCCCCAGAUUCGCGACCCCAUCGUGGAGGCAUACCUUCAGACGCUGCCACAGCCGCCGGAAGACAUUACUGCUGCCGAGGAAGACGAGGAGAAGAAGAAGGCAAGGGAAGCGCGCGAGAAGCGCGAGAGGGCAUUGGAGGAGAGAAACCGUGCCGUGGAAGAGCAGAAGAGGCGAAGGGAGAGGGAGGUCAUGGCUAGCAAAGCGCGCUUAAGAGAUGAGGAGAGAGAGUUGGAGACUGCAAUGAGGGUAGGCAGACGGGGCUUGCAGAGCCAGUUGCAGGAUGAGGCAUGA